CUCCCCAGGAUGUGCUCAUGACACAGAGGAGGGUGUCAGUGUUUUGUGCGUGCUGUCAUUGGAAUUUUAUGAACUGUUACAGAUAUCGGUCUUAUUCGUGACCAAGGUGGGAUCCCAGGUAUCAGGAAGAAGAUAAGCCAUGGAGUUGGCACAUAAUGGUCACCUUAUGGAUGUGUUUGGCCCAGAGGACUAAAAGGGUCUUCUGCCAAACUUAUCUACAUCCAUCCCAGGGCUGGAAAGAAAUAGCUAUCAGACAAAGUGGAAUGGACUCCUCGCCAUGACCAAGGUACAGGAACAAGGGGAACUCUGUAUUGUGAGGAGAGAAGAUAGAAGUAUUUCGAGUACGAUGAUUAGGGGAACAUAAUUGGCUAUGUGCAAAUCUGUUUAAAUGAGAAAAAUAUUCCCUGCUGAAAUAUGUUUGCACAUAUGCAGCAAAACAGCACUAAUUACUAAUUAAUUGCAUUAAAUUAGAUAAUAGAUCUAAUUUGGGGGGAGAAGGGGGCAUUUGGUGUAUAUAAAAAAAGUUAAUUACUGGGCGUCAAAUUUGAAGUCUUAUAUUACUAGCCAAGCCUUAAAGGUUACUAGCCACUGCAAGCCAUAGCAUACUCACCAAGGGUAAAUUUCUACUCGCCAAUGGCUAGCGGCAAGUGGAUAUAUUGUUAUUAUUAUUCUAUUAUUUAUAUAGCGCCAGCAAAUUCUGUAGCACUGUACAAUGGAUGGACUAACAGACACGUAAUUGUAACCAGACAAGUAGACGCACAGGAACAGAGGAGUUGAGGGCCCUGCUCAAUGAUCUUAUAUGCUAGAGGGAGUGGGGUAUAGUGACACAAAAAGUAUAAGUAGGGGUGACGGAAGUAGGUUGCUAGAAAAGUAUUAAUUGAGGGCUUAGUAGGUCAUUUUUGACAGUUGCAGGAGAAGAGUCAUGGGGGGGGGGGUUGAAAACCUGCUAACAGUUUAGUUGAUACGCUUUCCUGAAGAAGUGAGUUUUCAAAGAGUCUUUGAAGGAGUGGAGACUGGGUGAAAGUCUAACAGAGAAGGGAAGGGAGUUCCACAGAAAAAGUGCAGCCCUGGAGAAGUCUUGAAGGCGAGCAUCGGUUGGAGGAGCACCAGGAGAGAGCAGUAUCCCGUAGACCAAGAUUACGGAGUAUGAGAAGAAACUGUUAAUGAUCAACAGUGUAAAGGGCAGCAGAAAGAUCAAGGAGAAUUAGGAUAGAGUAAUGGCCACAAGAUUUAGCAGCGAUUAAAUUAUUGGAUACUUUGGUCACAACCCUUUCGACAGAGUGACUAGCGCAGAAUCCAGACUGAAGUGGGUCAAGCAGAGAGUUGGAUUCAAGGAAGUCUGUCAAUCUCGCAUACACAACUCUCUCAAGGAUCUUAGCGGCAAAUGGCAGUAGCAAUAUAAGGCGGUUGUUGGAUGGGGAGUUGUGGUCAAGGCUAGGUUUUUUCAGAAUCGGGGUUAUGGUUGCAUGUUUGAAGGGUGAAGGAAAUGUGCCAGAGAAAAGGCAUAGAUUGAAAAUUUUAGUGAGAGGAAGAGCAAGAGAGUGAGACUAAGUGCAGAUGAGAUAUGAGGAAAUAGGUUCUUAAUAUGCAUUAAUUUUUAGAUCAGUAUUGUAUUACAGUUCCCAUCACUCUCUAUCCAGCAUUAUAACUUUAACAAAGGGCCCCACAGAUGUACCUAUUGGGUUAAUGUGAGAUGCCUUUUGAGAUAACUUACUCAUCAAUUAUUAAUUUAUACAGUAUCAAGUCAGUAAUAUGUCCUAAAAUAACAGUCAACCUCUGCUGCCGAUAGCAACCCCUAUCGUGCCAGCCACUGACAAUAGCUGGUAUAAUAUACACAAUUACAGUGUCAGAUUUUAUUCUAUUGAAACUGACAGUCAGUUUGCCAAGUACAUCUUUAAUCAACUACAGCAUCUUUCAUCACGUUCAUCCGAGGAUGUAGGAGAAUGAUCGGAAUUUCAGCCCCAGUUCUGGGAGUUUUUCCGCCUGAGGAUAUUCAUACCAUGUAUGGUGUACAGGUAUCUAGAAACACAAAGCUAAAUUGUUAUUUCUUUAUAUUUAUUGCAGACACAGAAAAGAAUCUCUCUAUCUGAUAUUUUUUCAGGAAUCAACGAAGAAGAGGUAAGAUUUCGAUGUGUGUAUAAUAAAAUCUAUCUAUCUAUCUAUCUACCUAUCUAACUAACUAACUAACUAUGUAUCUAUCUAUCUAUCUAUCUAUCUAUCUACCUAUCUAUCUAACUAACUAACUAACUAACUAACUAACUAACUAUCUGUCUGUAUAUCUAUCUACCUGUCUGUCUGUCUAUCUAUCCACCUGUCUGUCUGUCUAUAUGUCUGUCUGACUGUCUAGCUAUCUGUCUAUCUAUCUGUCUAUCUACACAUAUGUAUAAAAAUUUAAGGUGUAAGGUUAAAUGCAUUCAUGCUAAACUUAUUAAAAUCCCAAAAUUCAUUAUUUAAAAACAGUAGUUUUUUUCACCAUUGCAUACAUAUUCAUUCUCACACAUGUACUGUCUCUGUGUACCUUUAUUCCUUAUACACACCUGUAUUAUUUUUGCAUACCUGUGCUCCCUGGGCAUGCCUGCCUGUAUUCUCUACAUACCUGUACGGCUUCUAUACCUGUACUUUCAACACACCUUUACUGCUUCUCUAUACCUGUAAUAUGUAUAUAUCUGUACUGUUUCUCUAUACAUGUAAUAUGUACAUAACUGUACUGUUUCUCUAUACGUGUAAUAUGUACAUACCUGUACUGUUUCUCUAUACGUAUAAUAUGUACAUACCUGUACUGUUUCUCUAUACGUGUAAUAUGUACACACCUGUACUGUUUCUCUAUACGUGUAAUAUGUACAUACCUGUACUGUUUCUCUAUACCUGUAAUAUGUACAUACCUGUACUGUUGCUCUAUAUGUGUAAUAUGUACACACCUGUACUGUUUCUCUGUACGUGUAAUAUGUACACACCUGUACUGUUUCUCUAUACCUGUAAUAUGUACACACCUGUACUGUUUCUCUAUACAUGUAAUAUGUACAUACCUGUACUGUUUCUCUGUACGUGUAAUAUGUACACACCUGUACUGUUUCUCUGUACGUGUAAUAUGUACAUACCUGUACUGCUUUUCUAUAUGUGUAAUAUGUACACACCUGUACUGUUUCUCCAUAACUAUAUUCCAUAUACACAUGUAUUGUUUCUGUGUUCUUCCUUCCUAUUUAUUCAGGAUGUGACUUCCAAUGCUUUAUCGGACCAUGGUUUUGGGUUCAGGAUCCCAGUGGAUGGCUGCACCCCACCAGCAGUGGAUGAAGCUGCCAUAAUUAUACCAACUCUACCCGAUCAGCUACACCAGAGUGAGACAUCCACACAGGGUGAGAGAGGGGAGCAGAGAUGGGAUGAACAUUCAAUAGUCAGAUAAUUCACAUUCGGUCUACUGAAACAGGCUUAUUAUCUUCCUAUACAGAUAUUCCCGGAUCAGACGUGCCCUGCACUCCCAAAGAGCCCACAUCAUUGUGCUCCCUGCAACACCUCUCCAGGAUACUAAUCCACAUUUCAGUGAUACUAUCGAUCGCAGCAACUUCCCUGUCAAUCUGUCUCCUCUGUGAGUCCUUCACCCCAUCCUGUCUUAUUCUCUAUACACUGUGCACCCCAUCCUGUAUUAUUCUAUAUACACUCCGCACUCUAUCCUGUCUUAUUCUAUAUACACUCCGCACCCCAUCCUGUCUUAUUCUAUAUACACCCUGCACCCCAUCCUGUCUUAUUCUAUAUACACCCCGCACCCCAUCCUGUCUUAUUCUAUAUACACCGUGCACCCCAUCCUGUCUUAUUCUAUAUACACCGUGCACCCCAUCCUGUCUUAUUCUAUAUACACCAUGCACCCCAUCCUGUCUUAUUCUAUAUGCACCGUGCACCCCAUCCUGUCUUGUUCUAUAUACACCGUGCACCCUAUCCUGUCUUAUUCUAUAUACACCCUGCACCCCAUCCUGUCUUAUUCUAUAUACAACCUGCACCCCAUCCGGUCUUAUUCUAUAUACACCCCGCACACCAUCCGGUGUGAUUCUAUAUACACCCCGCACCCCAUCCUGUCUUAUUCUAUAUACACCCUGCACCCCAUCCAGUCUUAUUCUAUAUACACCCCGCACCCCAUCCUGUCCUGUCUUAUUCUAUAUACACCCCGCACCCCAUCCUGUCUUAUUCUAUAUACACCGUGCACUCCAUCCUGUCUUGUUCUAUAUACACCGUGCACCCUAUCCUGUCUUAUUCUAUAUACACCCUGCACCCCAUCCUGUCUUAUUCUAUAUACACCCUGCACCCCAUCCGGUCUUAUUCUAUAUACACCCAGCACCCCAUCCUGUCUUAUUCUAUAUACACCCCGCACCCCAUCCUGUCUUAGUCUAUAUACACUCAAAUCCCCUGUAGGGCACUUCUGGGGCGACCGUGUCUGGACAUCUGGUCACGCUGAGAACUGUGACAAUAACUUAAUAAAAUGGGAAUAAAAUUUGGCAUUUAACGUGGAAUUCAAAAGGCACCCAUAGGUAUCAAAUUCCAUAAGAUGACUCAUGAGCGUUAAUGCAGUUAUCUGCAAGUUUUUGCUGAUGAUACUAAGAUAUGUAACAGGGUUGAUGUUCCAGGAGGUAUAAGCCAAAUGGCAAAUGAUUUAGGUAAACUAGAAAAAUGGUCAGAAUUGUGGCAACUGACAUUUAAUGUGGAUAAGUGCAAGAUAAUGCAUCUUGGACGUAAAAACCCAAGGGCAGAGUACAGAAUAUUUGAUAGUGUCCUAACCUCAACAUAUGAGGAAAGGGAUUUAGGGGUGAUUAUUUCUGAUGACUUAAAGGUAGGCAGACAAUGUAAUAGAGCAGCAGGAAAUGCUAGCAGAAUGCUUGGUUGUAUAGGGAGAGGUAUUAGCAGUAGAAAGAGGGAAGUGCUCAUGCCAUUGUACAGAACACUGGUGAGACCUCACUUGGAGUAUUGUACACAGUACUGGAGACCGUAUCUUCAGAAGGAUAUUGAUACCUUAGAGAGGGUUCAGAGAAGGGCUACUAAACUGGUUCAUGGAUUGCGGGAUAAAACUUACCAGGAAAGGUUAAAGGAUCUUAACAUGUAUAGCUUGGAGGAAAGACGAGACAGGGGGGAUAUGAUAGAAACAUUUAAAUACAUAAAGGGAAUCAACACAGUAAAGGAGGAGACUAUAUUUAAAAGAAGAAAAAGGAGUUUAAGCAUGCGUGGGAUAGACAUAAGGCUAUCCUAACCGUAAGAUAAGGCCAGGGUCUAAUGAAAGUAUUUAUAAAAUUGGGCAGACUAGAUGGGCCGAAUGGUUCUUAUCUGCCGUCACAUUCUAUGUUUCUGUAUGUUUCUAUGCUUCUAUGUUACACCCCGCAUCCCAUCCUGUCUAAUUCUAUACACACCCGCACCCCAUCCUGUCUUAUUCUAUAUACACCCCUCACCCCAUCCUGUCUUAUUUGUAGAUGUCAUGUUUUGCUAUGCAUUAGCCUAUUAUGUUCUCAUAAACUGUGCUCUACAAUGAUAUUGUCCUCAGUGCAGUAUUUCUACCACCCUGAGGUUCAUCAAGCCUGUCCUGAUUUUCUGGAGAUUUGUGCUCUUUCGUUGAACUGCUCCUUUGCAGAAGGUGCCAAUCUCUGUCCUCCAACCAGACUCCCAAACAAUCGGACCGUUGCCAGUGGUGGUGAGUACAAGGGAGGAAGACAUUUUGGGAAUUUUAUAAGAUACGAAUGAAAUCAUUGUUUUAAUAGUUUAUACAUCACAAAUAAGUGUAAAAUUAGUAAUUAUUCCAUAAAGAAGCACUAGGAAACACUCGGAAACACUCAUAUUGACCCAUUUUUUAUGAAACAUUUGUCAAGACUUUAGCAUAACCUGAGUUGCAAAAUGAAUAGAAAAAAAUUUACAUUUUUUUCUUCCCUUCCCUUUCAGAAGGGUUAGAGUAGCCCUUUAAUUUAAUGUUUUUAAUUGGAGACUAUAGGGAUUAUCCAAUAAAUAUUGAAUUGUGGAGAAUCAACAAACGAAUUGAUUUGCAGGUCAUUGCGACUCACUGUUUAGUGAUUAAACCCUAAUCCCUCUGUCUUUCCUGAUCUCUCAGUGACUCCUGUCUCCCAGUUUUCCUAGUCUCACACUGAUUAACUUGUCUCUAGAAUUUAGUCACUGAACGCUUUAUCUUCCUGCCGGAUCCCCAGAAUACAGGAACCCAGUGUUACUGCUUACAGAGCGCUCCUUGCUGCAGGUAUACAAUGUGGACGCAGGGAAAUAUUACACUGUCUGUCACCAAGGAUGGAUGACGACCCAUGGGUGGACAGUAUGUCGAGAGCUGGGGUUCAACAGGUAAUGUGUGCUCUGUGGGCGCCCUCUUCUCUGUACCUUUUACAGUGUGAUUCCAAAUUCCUUCUUGCCUUUUAUACAUUUUUAGAUGGAUGGGAGGAUAGAUAGAGAGAGAGAGAGAUAAAUAGAUAGAUAGAUAGACCGACCCCGCACAUUGUGCUCAUUCCCUGCCUCUACCCUUUCUUACCCCCUGCUCUCUGUGUUUACUCCCUGUCUCUUUCCCCUACACGCUGCCAUGACUCAGUCUUUUCACAUUUAGCCCCUGCACUCUUCCCAAGUGCCUGCCUCUCCUAAACUUACAUCCUUUAGUCUGCCUCGACUCCAUGCUUCUUUUCUCUAACCCCCUGCACUCUUCCCUGACUUCCUGCUUCUUUUCUCUAACCCCCUGCACUCUGCACUGACUUCCUGCUUCUUUCCUUUAACUCUCUGCACUCUGCCCUGACUUCCUGCUUCUUUCCUUUAACUCCCUGCACUCUGCCCUGACUUCCUGCUUCUUUCCUCUAGCCCUCUGCACUCCAUGCCACUUUUAUCUUAACCCCUCUACUCUGCCUUCACUCACUGCUCCUUUCAUUUUGCUCUCCGUUCUCUGCCCUGCCUCCAUGUUCAGAGAUUGCCUGCUGCCUAUAGUGUGACAACUUUAUAUACGGCCAUCUGCGGCUUACUAUGUAAACGUGACACUUUCCUAUAAUUUUGAAUUGUCAGGUUUUAUUGAUCCUUAUCUGAAUGUUAUCUGUAUUUAUCAGUGUUGCUGCCUCACUGAGACUGACUCCAUUCAAGUAAUUCAUUAACACAAUCUCUCCCUACAGUCACUGUUUGUCUUCACCAGCGCCGCUCAUUCCCACAGACUCCACCUUCCUGGAAGGCUUUGCUGUGGUCAAUAAAAGCACUGCAUUGACCAGUAACCUGGACAAUUUUCUGAGCCCAGUGUAAGUAACCCCAUCUCAAAAACAGAAAAACACAUCACUGCCACAGGGGGGCGCUGUUUCCAAAACAUUAAGAUUUACAACUCCCUUUUACAACUCCGAGAAAUAUGAGACUGAAAAUGAAAAAAGUAAAGUUAUAAAUUGCAUAUGCAAGAAAGUCUGGAUUCGUGUUCAAAACCAGCAUAAUUCUUUGAAAUGUAGAAUUUGAUGUCAGAUUAGACAUCUUCCCAAUCUAGGUUCUGUUUUCCUUAUCACUAACAGCAGGUUUAAUCUUAAUUCACUUUUCUGUUCAGAAACCAGGAUUGUGGAUGUUCUAUCCCAAGACACCAGCCAUAUAUUACACAAUAACUAUUUUAUUUUAAUACUUGGAAAGUAUUUAGAACAGCAGGGUUAAAAAAGAUUAGUCACUUAACGGAGGACAAAAAGACGGUUUAUUAACUACAGCUCCCUCUUUAUGUUUGCCCCUAUAUAAAACAGCAAGGAGUUAUUACUAAAUAAAGUUGUCUCUGGACACUGUACUAGCAGAGAAGAUAAAUAAUGUGCUCCCUUCCCCCCUCUACUUGUAUUGGGUUGAGAAGUUUUAACGAUGAAAAGUGGGGGUCCAUCGAACACCAAUGUUUUGCAAUUGGAGGUGGUUAGGCCCUUCUAUAAGCAAAUUCUGAAUUUAGCUGUCCAGUUAUUGUCGUUAUCUCAUAGGAGCUAUAGUGGAAAAUACCUAUAUUGUGGAUUGUUUUUUUUUUAAUUCAAAAUUCACAAGAUAAUUCAGAGGUUCACGAUGCCACGACAGCAUAAGCAAACAGUGAUAACAAUGUAGAGCAUAUACAUGGCAUGAGAAAGUGGCACAGUUUUUAAGUAUAUUAAUACACAGGCUAGUUGUGUUUGUCUAUAUAGAAGUCACAUGAGUAAAAAUAGAGGCAGGCAUAAGACAAGUAACGAUAAAGACCUCGCUUGGUAUUGUGGAUUGUUUUUAGGGAUGAGAGUGGGGUUCUGACCAGGGUCGGGGCUGUUCUGAGAAGUUCUAGGUAACUUAUUAAUAACAAUUUAUGCAGCUAAAAUGUAGUUUAGGACAAGAACAAUGUAUCUUUAUUUACGAAGACUGAUUUCUAAACACAUUUAUUGUCAUUUAAAGAAUUAAGACUGUGAGUAUUGUUACUGUGGAGCUCUGUUAUACACUCAGACGCACCAACAAUAUGGAACUCCUAGAAAAGAGGGGCAGUUGGAAAUGGUCCAAAAAUAUGGACUGUCCCUCCUAAAAAGGGACACUUGGGAAUACGGUGCAGUCUUGAGGAAUAAUGGGGAACCCCUGGUCUAUGUAUCCUUCACUCUGAAACCAUUCAUUCACUCUUUACGUUUUUGUAUAAUUUAGGUACAUAGUCCAAAUACAUGUUUAUCGUAGUAUUUUUAUGUUUACUCAGGGUGACAUGCCCCACUCAGGAAGGUGUCUCGCUGCAGUGUACAGGUAAGAUGAGGAACAGGUGUUUUGUACAGGUGAUAGAAAGCUAUAUUCAUAUACCUACCACCAUCAGCUUUUAUUGCAGCAUGGGACAACCUCUGAAAACGCAACACAUCAACAAGUCUAUCUUCACUGGAUAGCUGAGGAUGAUAUAGUAUUUUUUGUAUGAAAUAUAGUAUUUAUUUAACUAUGAAAACCAUUACUCGGCAAUGAGAGGAAAUCCUAAUUAUAGUAGGUUAAUUCGUUUCAUGCAUUGAUUUCUAAUAUUUUGAUUCUUUGUGUAUGCAUGGGGAUUGUCAUUAUAUUUGAGCUUCUGCACCCUAAAGAGAACAUAUGGGACUACAGAAUAUAGGCAAUUUCCCAAUUUUAUAACCUGUGUUUAUUUAUAUUAUAUUAUUAAAAAUUCUGAGACCCUGCACUUAUUUAUAUGAUAUUCAGUGACGCAGUGUUUCGAAUUCGUUUUUUGGUCCCUCUUCGUCAGGGUUUCUUUUUUGUUAAUUAUCACAAGGUGAUAUGAUUCACCUAUUUUUGGCAAAAAACGGGGCUUAGAUAAUUGCUGGGUUGACUGUCUAGCACCAUGUUUUUUUUCUGCUUUCUUCCAUAGACUGUGGACGUAGUACUGCUGACAGUAAUCGCAUUGUAGGGGGCUCACCAUCAGCCUCGGGACGUUGGCCUUGGCAGGUCAGCCUGCGUUGGGAUGGCCGCCAUGUUUGUGGUGGGUCUAUCAUCUCUUCCCAAUGGGUGAUGAGUGCUGCUCAUUGCUUUGUGCUGUGAGUAGCUUUGUUGUUCCCUUGCGUUGCUCUCACAGUCUGCAUUGGAUAUCAGUAAUGAGUAUGGUUCUUUCUCUAUCCUAGAUCCAGCUUCCUCACUGUUAAUAGAUGGAAGGUCCAUGUAGGGUCUGUGUCUCUAAACCCAGCAAUCUCCUAUUCCAUCCGUAGCAUUUAUUAUAAUGGUCAAUACAACUCAGAGACAAAUGACUAUGAUGUGGCACUGCUAAAAACCAGCCAACCAAUGGGAUUCUCAGGUGAGCCAUAGAACCGUGAAGACUUUGCCCAUCUUGUAUUAGGAAAACUAGGGGUCUCUUUGUGCAAAUAUUAAAAUUAAAAGCUGAGUGACAGGGGGCGGAGUAUGACUGCGAGCUGGGGCGGACACAACCCUGCAUAGCUCCCAACCAAAACCUGCUUAAAAGUCUAAUAUUUAAGGCUUCAAACCCUCAAAUAACUCACUAGCUGAGCACAACCAAGCUGCCCCCCAUGCCAUUUGUGUACCCGGCGCAGGUGAAUCGGCGGAAACGCAGACCUAAGGCCUACUGAGUGGGUUUGAACCCCCCGGAGGACCCAGAGGUGGAAGAUUUCAACGCAGCUCACAUACCUGCCCCAGCAUCGAUGGGCCGCAGGUCCCAAAAGCCACCACCAGAGUCACCGUUGGGGUGCAGGGAAAUGCUGUUACAACAACCGCCUCACAAAAUGGCGGGAGCGGCGGACCACAAAGUCACCAAGGUACCAGCAGACCCCGUACCACCUGACUUACCUCCUGAACAGGCGCAUACAACCACUGGGAAUCCCAACGGGUCUUCCCCAGUUACCCAACGGGUCUUUCACAAUCUAGUUGUGGAAAUCAAAAACAUCCUGGCAACCAGCGUGGCGGCCAUUAAAGUGGACAUGCAAGCCGUCACUGACAGGGUGCAGUCCACGGAAAAUGACAUCUCAGGCAUGACUCUGUAUUGGCUAUACAAGCCCAGCAACAAGCACUCUCUCUCCACUACAUAGUCCUUGAUGGCAGGACAAGACGUAACCACCUUAAGCUUAGGGGUGUGCCCUACACCGUCACACCCGAAGAGCUGCCUCACUAUAUGAGGCGACUUGUGGCAUCCUUACUGCCACCAACGCAUGCCAAAAAAUGUAACAUAGAUGGGAUAUACCACCUACCAUCUUCGAGCAGAGCAGCCCCAAAUAUGGUCUGAGAUGUGAUUGUACACUGUGCCACUUCCCAAGACAAGAGAAUCCUGAUGACGUAACUCCAGGGCAAGACACCACUAACAUUCGAAGGAGCACAACUCUCCAUCUAGCAAGACCUCACCAGAUCCAUGCUACAUUGGCGCAGAUCGCUGAACCCAGUCACCAGCAUCCUCAGAGAAGCGGGAAUAGAACACCACUGGAGAUCCCCCAGAUUCCUGGUGGUCACACAUAAGGGAACUGUACAUAAAAUCUCCACACUGGCUGAGUCACCGACAUUCUGUAAGGCCCUGGGCCUUCCCGCUCCCAAGCAGGAUACCAACCAACGUCCCGCACCUGAUACCUGAACUCACCGAGAUCAGAUUGCGCAGCAGCAACCAGAACAUAAACUGCUUAGCUAAAUAUGUGAUUUACUUUACUUGUUUGCUUUGAGCCAUACCCAGUUUACUUGUUUCUUUACAAUAGAGAGUCUCCUUGCCAGCGACUGUACGCUCCGGCACCUAGAAUAUUGGGGCAUAAGCCUCUGAGAAGGAGUGCACUGCCACUCCAUUGGAAGCCUAUGCUACCCCCAAGGCCCACUGGGCUAAGGGCACAUUUAGUAGAAGGCCAUAACUCCACGACCCGUUCGGGUUGCAAUUAAGCCCCGUUGUAUCACACGGCCAUUCUCCCUAAGCAAUUCACACACUCCUGAUAAUGUACUAAUGUCAGCUCGCAACUUUUGUGAUACAUACCUCUUUACCAUUUACUGUACAUCCUGUUUCUACAAACAUAUGUAUACUUUAAUCUUACUUUCUUUGUGUAACACGGCCAACAUUGCUGCGAUAAAAAUGAAAAAGAGAUUGACAAGAAAAAAAAAAGCUGAGUGACCAGGGAGUACGUAUCAAACGUACUUCUAAGUUUAGAAUACAGUAGGUACUAUGUGGCAGUUGAAAUCUCGUAGGUAAUCCCCCAGUAAUGUGACUAUUCAAAAUGAUCUCUGGUAACCUUUUGGAAAUCGGUGAUAGAUAACAGUGCUUCAAUGAAAUUGUCUAUGGACCUGAAGAAGUAAGAGAAACUAUCCUUUUCUUUUCUACUGAGAUAAGAGCUCCAAUUUUACCUAUUAGGAAACACAUUCAAUGGGACUGUAGAAUGUGGACAUUAUGGACUCAUGUUAUACAAUUCACAGGAAAUUGUGGUUUUCUGACUACGAGGAGAUUUUACGACAAUAGACAAAGAAAUUGAACAAUUUAGAAAAAAAAUCAAGCAAGAUUAAUAAUGGAGUUGAAAAAAUAUGUACAGUAUGUCUAUUGGAGCCCAAAAUUUGCUCUUUCGCCAAUUGUGUAUUCAUUCUCCACAAUACAUGUUUUUCUUUGUCUAAGGGAGAAGGACCUCAGUUUCUGUGGUUCAAGGAAAAACAGACAAAAUGUAAACUCUAGAACUCUGAAUCUGACACUUAAACUUUAUAAAGCAAUAAUGUAAAUCUAAAGGUAUUUUAAUCCUUCAUUAACUAGGAAUUAUGGAUCGUCGUCUCAGUCAUGAAGACUGGAUUAUUAGAGAGUGAUGCUGUAUUAAAUUAGCAGCUUAUUAGUUACAAGUAGCAUCCUAUAUACUAUUGACUAGUAAACAUCAUUACUGCAGUUGAUGCUAAGACAGGCAACCUGUGCUAAGCUUUUUUGUUUCUCAUCCUUUUCCUCCAUCAGAGACCCUUCGUCCCGUUUGUCUCCCUAGAACCCGCCAACAGUUCCAGUCCAUGGGAAACUGCUGGAUCAGCGGCUGGGGCCACGUGAGCGAGGGUGGUGAGGAGUCAAUGGAGGCAUUGCAUUGGUGGAACUACUGGUUUUUGACUAUUCUUACUAGACAUAAGACUUGAUUUCCAAUUUUUUUGCAAAAUCUUCUAACUACUGUUCCCUCUCUGCAUAAUUAUUUGAGCACUUCAUCACUGGAAUAGUUGAGAGUAGAAUCUUUAUAAUGACCACAUUACAAUUUGUGUAACAGCAAAAAGUACUCAAUGUAAACUGUAGGAUGCCAUUCUUUCUUAACUGUUUCAGUGGCAAUCACAUAAAACUGAAUUCCUCUAAAGAAUUGUCAUGAUUUUCUGGGAAAACCCAAUAAUAAAUUAUAGCUACAAUAAGUUUGGUUACUUUACACUUUACAGUUGUGUUCAUUCUCUAUUUCCCCAUUGUUUUGUUUGUCUGCUUCUUCAUCUGUGUCUCCUUUAGUGCUUCCAGCUGUCUGUUCCUUUCUAAUUCUGUUCAUCCUCUCCCUCUUUCUCCCCAGGACAGCUGUCACCCGUCCUUAGAGAAGCCAAGGUCCAUCUAAUCAGCAGUGCUAUAUGUAACCAGUCCUCCCACUACCCUGGCAUGAUCAGCCCUCGCAUGCUGUGUGCUGGGUACCUGGAUGGCAAAGUAGACUCCUGCCAGGUACAGUAUACAAGCAGUGAGAACCUACUUAUUGAUCAUGCAGGUCCAUUUUCACUUCCUCAAAGACUCACUUUCAUUCUAGAACCAUUUUAUCUCAAAAGAACAAUAUGACAUUCUAUCUGUUGGCUGCAUAAUGCAUAUAAUGUUCUAUAACAGGUGGCAUUACCUGCAGCAGUCAAAGCAGCUUGCCAAAUAUCUCUUUCCAACAAAGUGUUUUCAAGCAUGUAUCUUGGAUGGUAUAUAGAAAAAAAUAUUUAUAUAUAAAUUGUAACGUGACUGUUUUUUGUUUGUAGUUUUUUUUUAAAUGCACACUUUUUUUGACAAAAUCAAAUGCACCUUCCAGUAGACACACAAACACACACACCUGUUGUCGACCACCAUUAGACUCUGAUAUUGCUACUUUUCCCACCAUAAAGCACAAUAUUUACAUACACAUACCCACUUUAACACCAACACACUCACACAUUUAAACACAUUCACACACUUGAUGGUAGUCGGUCAAUGAAUGAAUGAGGCCCUGGUGGGCAGGUAGAAGGAAGAAGCAUGGUCCUGAGUUCAUCAAUGUAAUUGUCACGGAAAAGCAAAAUAAGCCUUGGAUAGUGGGCAGAGGUAUGGUUUGUGGGCUGAUUGCAUAAUUAUUACACGUAAUGUAUUCACAAAACAGGGAUUUCUGGGGAAUUGAAGAUACAACUGCACAAUUUGGGCCAAAAUAACUCAAAAGCAAAAGUGGCUAAACUGGAGAUUAUUCUUCUACCUAAAUUUAAAAAAACAUUAUAGUGUUAGGAAUACAAAUAUGUAUUGCUUACGCUGUAUUGUCCCUCCCCACCCCCCCAUUUGCCAUAAAAAUUAGGUUUUUACUUACCUUUUUCCAGCACUGAGACUCCUAAGACAUUUUAGCAUUUCUGCCUUCUGUGAUGUCAUCAAGGAGGUGUCGCUUCCUUCAUAGUUGGUCCAAUCCAAUGCUCAUCAAAGAGGAACUUCCUAUGAGCUGCAACAUUACUUGACCAAGUUGUGCUCAGUUGUUGCAAAGGAAGCACCUCUAGUGGCUGUCCAGAAGACAUUCACUAGGGGUGUGUUUAAGCCUGCAAUGUAAACAUUGCAGUUUCUAGAAAACUUAAAUAUUUUACAUGGCUGGGUCAAAAUGACCACUUCAUUAAGAUGAAAUGGUCCGGGUGACAUUAGUGUCCCUUUAAAGUCUUACCUUCAACACAAUUCUCUCACCUGUUUAGUGAAUUAAAAGAAAAUCAAUUGGACUUCAAGUUGUAUAAUUAUCAUAAUGUCGAGGACAAAGCUUUUAAUUUAGACAACGUUAGUUUAGCCAUAAACUUUCACAUCUCAGAUAUUGAGCUGAAAAGUAAUUUAUCAUAUCAGGUAUUUUUUAUUAGUGUGUCAGUGUUUAAUCAGCGGUGAUUGAUGGCUUUUGUAUAAGUCGAUAGCGAUGCAUGCCAAAUGAGUUAUAGUGUAUUUGCUAAUUGUAUUACAAUAUAUAUUGGUUUAAAACCAUAUUAAAGGGACUCAAACAAACCCAUUUUCCUGGCACUAGAGAAUCCCGGAGUGCCCCCCUCCCUCCCACCCCCCAUCCCAUCUCACUGAACCUAAAUCGAUGCUGGGUCAGGCUCUGCCCACGCUCCUCCCCCACCGACGUCAGCCAGCAAGGGAGACCUAGUGCGCAUGCGCAGCAAUGGCCAUGCGCGCAUUAGACCUUCCCAUAGGAAAGCAUUAUUUCAUUAUUUAAUGCUUUCCUAUGGGGAAAAUCUGACACUGGAGGUCUGUGAGGACGUACAGCAUCAGAUAACCAACCAAAAGUUGGUUAGGAUACCGUAAGUGCCCCCAGUGGCUGUCUGGUAGACAGCCACAGAGGGCAGACUUAGUGCUGCAAUGUAAACAUUGCAGUUCCCUGGAACUGCAAUGUUUUACAUUGCAGCACUACGUGCAAAAGCGUCACAUCACCCAGACCACUUCAAUUAGCUGAAGUGGUCUGGGUGCCUGCAGUGUCCCUUUAAGUGCAAACCUGCUAUUGUCUCUCUGUAAGCAUUAGAUGCAAAAGAGAUGGUUAGUGGAUACCUGCAUGUUUGUGGCACGCGACCGAACCACAGGUUAUAAGUCGUUGCUCAUGAGAGUCUGGGUCUUCUGGCCUAAGAUGGCCUUUUAGCAAUGUCUCAACUCAGUGGUUUGUAGAGCUGGACAUCCAAACUGUACUGUACUGCAACCCUGACCUACACUGCCACCCUCACGCACUCGCACACACUCUUCACCGCUCACACACACACACUGCACCUUUCACACACUUCACCCCUAACACAUACCACUGCUCCUGUGCCCUGUAUCCCAGCAGACCCCAGGUAAGUUGUCAAACUGUUCUUAAACGGUUUGACUACUUACUCUGGGAUGGGAUCCUGGCACUACUGGCGCCAUAACUACUACACUGAGCUGUAGUAGUUAUUGUGCCUGCCCUGCAUUAUUUCUUUAAAUAAUCUACAAGUGCCCCUCCCGAGAUCAGGCUCUGGAUCUGCCACUGCUAUCCAUAUGCCUGCCUCCUAGUUAAGUCAAGGCCCACUCCAUUUAGCAUAGCUUUUCCUUGGGCUUCAUAAUGGUAUGAAAGCUUAUCACCCAAUCUCCACUCCUUCAAAAAAUCAUUAAAAACCCACUUCUUCAUAAAAGCGUAUCAAUUAAACUGUUAAUAGCUCCUGACUGAUUCCUCUUCUGCAACGGUCACUAGUCUAAUACUAUCCUUACCUUUUUGUGUAAUUUUUACCCUCAACCCCUCUGUUCCCCUCUGUUCCUGUGUGUCCAACUUGUCUGGUUACAACUACGUGCCUGUUCAUCCACCCAUUGUAAAGCGCUGCGGAAUUUGAGGGCGCUAUUUAACCCCUUAAGGACACAAGACAUGUGUGACAUGUCAUGAUUCCCUUUUAUGCCAGAAGUUUGGUCCUUAAGGGGUUAAAUAACAUAAUAAUAAUAAUGAUAAUAAUAAUAACAUGUCGGUGCAAAUUCAAUGGCAUUCCAGAAUCUGCCACAUUCCAAAUGAUUAUCAACAACUUCCAUUCAGUCAGUGAAAGUGGUCCUAAAGAGGAACUGUCAUUUCCAGAGAGGUUUAUUGACUUGAAUACUUCAGAAGAGGCUAGCAGUGGAGGCUCGUUCACAAAUUUUGCAAUAGUUUAGAAAAUGUAAGAUUCUUUUUAAUCUGAAAAAAGGGAAAAAGGUUAAUUAACAUACUCCAGCUAUUGCCUGUUUGUGUGUCAAAAUAAAAAAAAGUGGACAAAUGCCACAUGUCAGAAGAUGAUGGCUAUAGAGUUAAAGGGUGGAAUAAAAUUCUGGGGGAGGAGUCUGGUACCCGCUCCCCCUUCCACCUCCCAUCUCAAAACUUCACCAUCCACUACUGGAGUUAAGUAAAAACUUCCUUCUGGGUUGCUCUUCCCAUUAAGCCUUGAAUACGCACAUCUGUGCUCUGUCAUCUAGUGAAGACAUUUUCUCUGGCAGUGCAUUACAUUCGCUGUGCAUAAGGCACUAGGAGAGUUAAAGGUGCAGUCCACGCACCUAACGCACUUUAGCUUGCUAAAGUGCAUUAUGUAAAACUGGUGUGUCCUUUUUAAAAAAAAAAUUAUGAAAAGAUUUCAAUAGAAAUUUACACUUUUAUAAAUUUACAUGGUUACUCCCCCCUUGCUGUUAAUCAGACAACCAGCCCUGUUAAUUCCUGGUUAUGCAGCUCAGUGGAGCUAAACUCUAGAGGCAGCAAUUGCCAAGAGCACCUGCUUUACAAAGAUUUCUUAUUGAGAUGCAUUGGGGAUUCUGUGAUUGGUCAGCCACAGAAAGUCUGGGCGGGGUUAGAAGGGAAGGACUUGCAGACAAGAAAAUUGCAGCUUUAGCAAACUUUUUAUAGAUAUAUCCACAAUAAAAAAUGCAUAAGUAAAUGCAUGCAUGUUUUCAAUGAAGAAAAUAUAGCUCAACCAGUUGCUAACUUUAAGUUAGCUGUUUGGUUGUGCUGAAAUUAGCCUAGUGACCGUUCCUCAUUAGAACCUCGAAAUCUCUUCCUAAACCUUCUGUGUCAAUUCACCACACAUUGCUAUGCGUUUAAAUAUUCAGCACCCAGCCAUCAAAAAGGGUUAAAUAGAAAGUUUAGGUGUGUCAAUAAACUUUAUUGCAAGAAUGAUCAAGACCAAAGGUGCAAAACCUGAUUGUGUGUAUUGUCAAACAAUCAGUCACAAGCAACAUACUAUUCUGUAUAUCUGUCCUUAAUUAGGUUAACAAACAUAUAUUACUCAUGUUAAAGUGUUAUAGUGUUAGAUUAUUGUCCCACCACAAGUAAUAAAACAAGACUUUUAACUUACCUUCUCCCCCUCUACCCCCCGUGCACAUUAUCGCCACAGACGCUGAUCCCCAUCUUACUGAGAUUAUCAUUACUGAGACUGCAGAGACAGUCUCUUUGCCCUAGAACUAGUACAUUCGACUGUAGUGGAUCUGGUGCCUUAAGUGUCCCUUUAAUUUAAUGACAUCUGAUGAAAAGAAUAACUCAUUAAAUUAUUACAUUUAGGACUGGCAUAUUAGGCGUUGUCUGUAGAUUGCAAUAAAAAUUACCUUCUGCCACACUAGUAUAUCAAAUCAGUGCAGUUAAAUAUUAGAACCGAAGUCUGUACAGAGGACAGAAAUCUACAUUCCACAUUCUCGUGUUUGAAAAACAGAAACAAAAUUGCCGUGAAACAUACUGAUAAACAAAUGGUUAUCUUCUUUUUUGGUCAUUAACAGUAAUCAGACUCACAAUACUUCCAACUUAAAUAACGUCGAUAAAGUAUGUCAUUUUACCUGCUUAUCUUGCAGGAUAUGUUGUAAAAGCUUAAAUUUAAAAUCCAUACAAAAACAUUUUCUCAAAUGACGAGCUCUAUUAAUAAAAUAGAAUGAUGUGUCAUGUUAUAUUUGAAUGUAUGAGUACUGUAUGCAAUGUGCUAUUUUGUCAACCCCUAAAUGUAACCUUUUACUCACAUAACAAAAACGCCCGUAACAUAUACUGUGUUGUACAAUUCCGUUUACAACCUGAGAGAGAGUUAUAUUCAAGCAGUAAGGGUGAAAGGUUUGUUACGUUUCAUGAGUUACCUUUUCUCUAGUUGGUUAAAAUUAAAAUUGGUCUGUCAUUUUUCUUUUUCCAUUCCUCUCCUUAUGUAUUUUUUCUUAUAAGCUUUAUUUUUUAGAGUCACAAUAAAGCCAUCAAAAUGCCUCCAUCUGUCUUAAUGAUUAUAGACCCCCCUUGCCUUUAUUUACAUUAUUAAACAUUUUGAUUCCCUCUGCCUAUGAUGCCUGCUGUUUGCCCUACUUGGGGCUUAAUUUUACUGAUGGAUUGUGGGUAAAUUCGAUUGGCAACUAAAAUAGAACCUUUUGUCAACUUAUCUGCUAUACGUAGGGCAAAAUAGUCCCUGCUUUUCUGUAUGUAUUUUAUGAAAAUUAGAGUGUUCAGGAAUUUUUUUUAAAAGAGAUUCAGACACUGGGAGUUAAAUAGAAGCAGAUAAGAUCGAGUUUCUUUUUAGUGACAGAAGUGCUUUCAGUCAUGUGCAUCAUAAAAAUCAUCAUAAAAUAUAGACAGAGGACAGAACACUGGUGGGCAUGACACUCAGCAAGAGAUUGUAGAGAAUUGACUAGAAGAUUUCAAAUUCUUCACCAAAAUAGGCACUUUUGGAACACAGGUGAGUUGAAGAUUUUUUUAAAUUUGGCUACUUUCACCCUAAAGUUUACCAUUCACUUGUCAGUCUUUUAUAAUCCUUGUUAUAGUGAAUUAAAUAAUUCAACAACUUGAUUAAUAUAGAAGUGAUUUAACUAAUGUAAUUAGAGGCUGGAAGCAAAGCUCACUAAUUUGAUAUCACUUUGAUAUGCAUAGUAAUUUUAGGCUUUGAAAUACUAAGGAAUAAAUAUCAUGAAUUGCGAAAUAGACAUGAAGAUACAUAGGUCUCAAAAAAGUCAACAUAGAUUGUAGUGUGAGGAACAUAGACAACCUAGGUGAUUAUGAUCGAAAGGCAGAGCUUCCCACAUCAAUGACUGGUCUUUAUAAAUUUAUCUUUUUAAAGGGAGACAGCGGAGGACCCUUGGUCUGCCAGGAAGAGGGUCUUUGGUGGCAAGUCGGCAUUGUGAGUUGGGGAGAAGGCUGUGGGAGACCAAACCGGCCUGGAGUCUACACUAAUCUCACUGUGCUUCUAGACUGGAUUUAUCACAGACUUCAGGUGAGUCACGGGUUGUCCUCUGUAAUAAAACAUACAACUUCUUCCAUAUGGAGAAGUUAAAUCUCAAUACACUACUGAUAUGGGAUUAUACACUUCACAAGACUUACUGGCACUUACCAGUAACCACCCAUACAUGACAAGCCAUCUUCAUUCACUGAUAUGAAGUGAAAUCAAUCUCAGUCAUUGGAAGAAACAAAUAUUUACUGUUUCGUUGAAUGUGUUGUAAACCAUAAAAUGUUAAAUUGGUUGUUCCAUGUUUAAAAUUGAUUAUUAUUGGUUUGAGAACUAACUAACUUGGGUUUUAAGAAGAUCAGUGGUGUACCAAAGACCUUCAAUAAACCAUGUCUCUCUUUCUCUCUAGACGGACAGCGAGAUUCCAUAACAAAGAGAGAAGAAUACAUCGGUACAUCCCAAAACAAGACUCAAAUAAAUAUAAAAACAAAUAUGUUCUCUUUGUUUGUUCAAACAUGCAUGUAGAGUUCAACACAUGGUAUUCAGGC